AAGAAACCUUUCUCUAAACCUUAUCGCCGCAAAAAUGGCACUGAUGCUCUCCUGCCAGACCGGAGCUCUUUUCCUCUCCAACACUAAACUCUCCGGCCGUCCUCCUGUCAAACCCGCUGCCUCUAUCUCCUCUCCGAUUCAAGGACCUCUAAAGCCCUUCUCUAUUUCCAUUAACGCCAACAAAGCACCUCUAGCGUCAAUUUUCAUCGCCAAACAGCCAAGAGUUAGGGUUUUGGCGUCGGGAACCUCGCAGCACUCACAAUCCCCCACUCUUUCUCGUCCUACCGAGUCACAAGACCUACUCACCGGGUCAACACGGACUCUGACAACCAUCGUGACCCUUGCGUUCUCUCUGUCACGGAUAUUUAUAAAUUCAAUUCAGAAAUUGGCUCUAUCAGUCGGAGGAAUUUCGAUUUUACCUAAUCUCAAUGAGUUGGCAGCAAUUCGAGCUUUACAAGGCAACCUGAUUCACUCGGUGGGCCCGUUAUUCUUCGCCGCCGUCAGGAACCGUCCAAAAGGAUUCUUGAACACUCCUUUGACGGUGGUGGCGGCCGGUUUGGGCAAAUGGCUGGAUAUAUACAGUGGAGUUUUGAUGGUUAGGGUUUUGCUCAGUUGGUUCCCUAACAUUCCCUGGGAUCGCCAACCCUUAUCGGCUAUAAGGGACCUUUGUGAUCCGUAUUUGAACUUGUUUAGGAAUAUAAUUCCUCCCGUUUUCGACACACUUGAUGUGAGCCCACUUCUGGCAUUUGCAGUACUGGGUUUUCUCGGAUCCAUUCUCCAUAGCACCCGUGCAGCGGUUUGAAGGGGAACGAUGAGUGACUAGGAGGCCUUUUUAUUCAGUAAGAAAUAAUUUUAAAGUUUGUGUCAAAUGUUUUCUGGUCUUUUUGGCUUAGUGGUUUUAGCGAUUGUAAUACUGUAAUAGAUCAAUUUGGUUAAGAUAUAUAAAUUUUGGAAACACUACUUUUGUUAUUGCUCUAUGACAAUUUUAUAAGUUGUUUGCUGCA